GAUGGAGAGCAGCGCGGCUCAGCCGGACUGCAGCGCAUCGCGCGCGCCUCGGAACUUUGUCCCAAGCGUGGAGCGGGGACCCGGGAGUGCAGGGGCGGGGAGCUCCCGUGGUAGGAGCGCAGCGACGGCGCUCCUCCUUUCUCCACGUCACGGGGGCCGCUCGGCGCUCUCCCACCCCCGGCCGAGGGAGAGCAACUCCUAGCAGGGCGCGCCGCCGAGUUGGCGAAAGGGGAGGAGGCGGGAGAGAGCCGCCGCCGCCGCAGAGAGGCCGGGAUCCCGGAGCGUAGCUCGCGGACCCCGCCGGGGUGGCCUCUGCAGCCGCGGGGAUCCCGCGUUCGGGGCUCCCCUGCUCCCUUUCGUAAGUCGACUUGGCCACGGAGGCCAGUGAGGAACGCCCGGGGCCGGGGUGCAGAGCUGUCCCGCGGUGGCGGGUGCGGGGCUCGGAUCCCAGCCGCGGGGUGGCCGGGACACCGGGAUCCUUACCCCCUCGAGACUUUCACUUUCCCGCUGGGGAAAACUUGGGCGCCGCGUUGCUCUCGGGGGUGAGAGCUGGGGCGUCAGCCCCGGGGUGCCGCAUUGGGAUCCCGAGCUGAGCGCCAGCCUGGCUGCGCGCCUGCCAGUGCCGGCGCGCAUAUGGAGCCCGGAGCUACUGUGGGCGACCCCGCCGCGCGCCAAGCGGACGCCGCAACUUCGGGAACCCGCGCGGCGACCGGGAGUCGCGCGGCGUGUGCGCACCAGGGUUUCCCCAGACUCUCCCGGAGCGGUGAGGACGCGGCUCCGGCAUGCGCCCUUUCCCGAGGCGGGGGUCGCGCAAUCUAGGUCCUCCCGGCUGGGGCGCCAGGAAGAGCCGCUCAGGGACUUGUGUCCCCGUGUGUGGCAGUAAACUCCGCAGUGGACCGGGCUCCUUAUUUGUCUGGGCAGGUGGAGGAAUGAAGACGUUCAAAUGUUGUUUUAAAUACCCAGCACAGCAGAAGGUUUUCAUCUUAUUUGUAACUCUGUGGCUGUUCUCCCUGUUGAAGCUUCUAAAUGUGAAAAGCCUCUUCUUCCCUCAAAGAGGUGUUUACUUGGUCGAGUCCUUCCUGAGUACCUCACCUUUUGUAAGAAACAGGUACACCAAUGUGAAGAAUGACGUCAGGUAUGACGUGAACUGCUCAGGGGUCUAUGAACAGGCGCCUUUGGAAAUCGGCAAGAGUCUGGAAAUAAGAAGGAGAGACAUCAUUGACUUGGAUGAUGAGGACGUCGUGGCAAUAACCAGUGACUGUGACGUUUAUCAGACCCUCCGAAGGUACCAUCAAAAGCCCGUUUCAAGGGAGGAGAAGAGCUUCCCAAUAGCCUACUCUUUGGUCGUUCAUAAAGACGCCAUUAUGGUUGAAAGGCUACUCCAUGCUAUAUACCACCAACACAAUAUUUACUGCAUCCACUAUGACCAUAAGUCGCCUGGUGUCUUCAAAGUUGCCAUGAACAAUUUAGCCAAGUGCUUUUCCAAUGUUUUCAUUGCCUCCAAAUUAGAGACAGUGCAAUACGCACAUAUUUCCAGACUCCAGGCCGAUCUGAAUUGCUUGUCAGACCUCCUCAAGUCCUCAGUUCGGUGGAAAUACGUUAUCAAUCUGUGUGGGCAAGAUUUUCCUUUGAAGUCAAAUUUUGAAUUGGUGUCAGAGUUGAAGAAACUCAACGGAGCAAAUAUGUUAGAAACCGUGAAACCCCCAAACAGUAAAAUGGAAAGAUUCACUUAUCACCAUGAACUCAGACAGGUGCCUUAUGAAUAUGUGAAGCUACCAGUAAGGACAAACGUCUCCAAGGAAGCCCCCCCUCAUAACAUUGAGAUAUUUGUUGGCAGUGCUUAUUUUGUUUUAAGUCGGGCAUUUGUGAAAUCCAUUUUCAACAACUCCCUCGUUAAAGACUUUUUUGCCUGGUCUGAAGAUACGUACUCACCGGAUGAACAUUUUUGGGCUACCUUAAUUCGGGUACCAGGAGUACCUGGGGAGAUUUCUAGGUCAGCCCAGGAUGUGUCUGACUUACAGAGUAAGACCCGCCUUGUCAAAUGGAACUAUCACGAAGGCGUCUUGUAUCCGCGAUGUACGGGCUCCCACCUUCGAAGUGUGUGUAUCUUUGGGGCGGCAGAAUUAAGGUGGCUCAUAAACGACGGGCACUGGUUUGCUAAUAAAUUUGAUUCUAAGGUGGAUCCUGUCUUGAUUAAAUGCCUGGCGGAAAUGCUUGAAGAGCAGCAGAGACAAUGGAUCACUUUAUCUUCAAAAAAAUUACUUAUGGCUAAAAAUCCCAUAAUCACAUCAUGAUGAAAUCAUGAUAGAAGGAAGGUGUCUGAUAAAUAGAGUUCUUAUGGACUUGUGUGCUCUACCGUGCCCAGUUCCACUCGAACUAAACUCCUCAUAGUUUGCGAGGUGUCCAUAAUUCCAUGCACAAAGGCGACAAUUAGCCUGAAUUUGGUUGGGUGUUUUUAUGCUUGUUUCCUUGUAACCUUAUGGAGCUAAAUCAGAGAUUCUAAACAGUCCAUCAUCAGAGCUCAGAAACUACUGAGCUCCAACUGUAUGCCAGGUACUUUUCUAGAAACACGUAGGAAUUAAAUCCAAAUUGUAAUGAGUUGUACAAUGCCUUCAAGGCUUGCCCUAGCCCCACAGCAACCUUAAUAUCUUACAUUUUCCUCAUAGCAAUCAAGAUUCUACAGAAAAGGUGUUGGAGUAUGGGAUAAUCAUGUAACCAUUGAAACCACCAAUUUCAGGAUAGUGUUUAUGUUCAGUGACCAACACUCCACCUGUCUUUUAAUUCAGCUCCCUAGACUUUUCUUAACCAUUAGAAUAUUUGAAGGAGAAACCAUUACCUCAGGAAAGCUCAAACAAUUGUCCAAUUUCCUGCUUGCCAAAGCAUAAUUUUCCUAUUGGUGCCUCACCCUUUCAGUUCAGAGUCCAAAGACUCUGUUGGUGGGGCAUUUACAGUGGAUGAAUGUCAGGGAGGCUGGGUGGGGGCUAGGGGGAUUGGGAUAAGUGGUGCCUGAAGAGAAACAAAGGGAUCUGUAGGACUUUUGCAUCAUGUUACACAAUGGCUUCAUGAAUGAUCUCUUUUUAAUUCAAUUAGUUCUUUAAAAUUAUUGAUUAAAUAUAAGAACUUGAUUAAUAGUUGAAAGUGUUACACUCCCAAACGUUGAACCUAAGUCUUCUAGCUCAUAGAUUAUCAUUAUAUGUAGGGUUCUUUUAUAGUGGAAUUAGUGUAAUUUUGUUUUAUGGAACCUUAAACUAAGAAUCACUGAAUUUUCUUGAAAAGUUUGUGUAAAAUAUGACAGCUUUCUAAAUUAACUAUUAUGGUCGUUUAAAAUUUUUACUUAAGUCUCUAGUAACUCUCCAAGUAGAAUCCAAGCUUAAACUUACAAAAACUGUUUAAGUCUACUGAAGUCUCCUCAGCUUAGAUAGAGAGAGGAAAAUUUAAGUUUCUUAAUGACAUAGGAAGAAUAUUCAUUAAUGGUAUUUUGUAAAACCUACACCUUAGAAAACUACCAGACGAAUCAAAUAUACAUCUAUUUUAAUGUCACUGUCUUGUACCAGGGAUGAAGUGGGACAGGAGCAGGGUCCUGAGAACAGGUUGUAGAAUUUUUUUUUAUGUCUCUUGGGAAAUCAUGGAACUCAUGUAAAAAUUUUUUGCUGAUCUUACGUUUCAGUGUCAGCCUCAGCAUCUACAUAAAGAUGUAGUAAUCAAGGCCAGUGUAAGACUAUUUGAAAGACUAGAGUAAAUAUUUUGUAAAUGCCUGUGUUCUACCUGUGAAAUGUACUUUGCUGGUUUUAAAGUUUAUGAUACUGAGAGCCAGGAGGCACCACUUCUCUCCCCUUCUUCUCUGGAACUAAUUUUUCUUCCUCUUUUCCCCCUACCCCCUUCAAAUUACUUUAUUCUCCAGAAACAACUAUGACCAAACUCCUCUUCUUAAAAAUAAGUAACUGUUGAGGGCCCCUGGGUGGCUCAGUCAGUUUAGUGUCUGACUCUUGGUUUCAGCUCAGGUCAUGAUCUCAGGGUCAUGAAAUCGAG